CUCCAAACUCCGACCGGAAUCCUAAUUGAGAAGCUUGAGUUCUGUAUCCUGACCCAAUCUCUCUGGGAAUAGAGUGUCAGAUAAGUGCAAAUUCACGGUCCAGAGUGAAGAUGCGAUUGUUGAAUGUGGAAGCCUUUCUCGACAGGGAAACGAAUAUCGGGCGAGCAACACCCGCAACUAAGGUGUUGGAAGAACGAGAUGAUGCGACCACAGCUUAUGCGAUAUUGUCCCAUCGCUGGGGGGAUGAGGUGAACUACAAUGAGAUAAAUGAACUGACGAGGACGGGCGAAGAAGAGAGAGAGAAAAUUAGGGCACGUAAUGGCUACAAGAAGAUCCUCGGGAGUUGCAGACAGACCAUGAAGGACGGCCUCCAAUGGCUGUGGGUAGACACUUGCUGCAUCGACAAGAGGAGCAGCUCAGAGCUAUCUGAAGCCAUCAAUUCCAUGUACCGGUGGUACGAGAACUCGGCCAAGUGCUAUGCAUACCUCCAUGACGUCGACAGCCCCACUUUCGUUACUGAACCCGACCACAGGCAGUUUAACAACUCUAAUGGUUGGCCAGAGUGGUUCUCACGCGGCUGGACACUCCAGGAGUUGAUAGCACCAAGGGACGUUCAGUAUUUUAACGAGCAUUGGGUGCCCAUAGGAAGCAAGCGUAACCUGGCGGAUACUUUGGAGAAAAUUACACGCAUUCCACAGGCUGUUUUGAUAAACGGUCUGGCUUCAGGUGUCCGCAGUGCGGCCCAAGUGAUGUCAUGGGCCGCAGACCGAAAGACAACCCGGGUGGAGGACCGGGCAUAUUCAUUGAUGGGAUUAUUUGGAGUGCAUAUGCCAAUGUUGUACGGGGAAGGGAAGAGCGCCUUUCAUCGUCUCCAGCUAGAAAUCGUCCGGUCAUCCAAUGACCAUAGCAUCUUCGCAUGGGACCCAAAAGGAAGGAUUCGGCGAUCUGGUAGCAUUUUGGCCGAUGACCCAAGCUACUUUCGCGAUUGUAAUGGCAUUUGGAGCGUAAAACCAGAUUGGUUCGUGCCACGGUUCAAGUCUCGCUUGCAAGAUCAUCUGCCAGCGGUUAGGCGUGUUAUGCCUGCGAAUCUAAUUCAAUCCGUUCUUUUGACGCUGCUUGGACAAUCUCUUGUCAGAGAGCUGAGCACAUUUUCUAUCACCAACGGUGGCAUACAAAUAUCAUUGCCCCUUGCCCCUUAUCCCAACUCUCCGUCCCUUUUUAGGGCCACACUGAGAUGUAAAAUGGAUAUAGCGGCACCUCUGAUGACGAUUGACUUGUUAUCCGACUCCACCGUCUAUUACAGGUUCUUCGGUGCAACGGGAGAACCCACGGUCUUUCCCCGCAUCAAACAACUUUUUCUUUCUUGCGAUCAAGAUGAGUCACGCCACAGUCUCACACUUGACGAUAGGACCGUUUCUUACUACGGGUUCACUCGCUGCGGCACCUUCCCGCGCAGUAUUUCAGGAAACUCCGUAAAGCUGUCGCUUUCGAACGAUUUAAUCGUCAUAAUCUAUGCUAACGACAACGCUAACGUUCGCUUUGCGGUCGGACUCGGCUACUACCUUAGAAAUGCAUGGGUCCAUUCUGCCUAUGACGAAACCCGGGUCCAAACUUGUACACCAUGGGAAGAUUAUGCCAAGCAAGUAUAUGAUUGGAUGUGGACUAAGCAGGCAGAUCUUGCCCGUAGUAUGCCAGGCCGCGGUACUACUGCCGAUACCAGUUCCGAUAGUGUGAGCUUCAUAAAGCACACCCGCCUUCCCCGAUCAAUCUGGGCCGUGAGGACCAUGUGGGGAAAUUGGCCCAGCGGCAAUUGUACGGUCACUAUUGAUGUUGCGCACUGCGCUGGUUGUUGUAAUGGUCCCCUUGAGUGGAAAACGUUGGUUAAUGAUUGGGACGGCCUUGACACCCCGGGACCUAUGCAAAUGGCUGGUCCUCUCUCGCCGAAGUAUGUGUUGUACCUGGAUGGGACCUAUGUGCAGUUUCUUAAGUCCACCUAUAUUGGAAUUAUGCUGGGUGAUUACGGCCGUUUCGAUUCGACCUUCAAGCGUGACGGCAACAUCUUUCAGGACCUUGAGUCACUGGCCGAAGUCCUCUGCGUUGAUCCUACAGAUCCGGCUUAUCGCCCAGUGCAGCGUAGUGUUUCUGGUGGAAAUGCUGCGACAAAAGAAGAGGACACGGUGAUCGCACGAGCUUCUGGCGAUAGUUCCUCUAGAUUAAUUCUACGUCAACCCAUUGGCCUGUCGCUUCCAAACAAUCAACCACUGGUGUCAUUGCUGAAGGCCUUAUCUACUCGCCUCACCAACAAAUGUCUCGUGACGUCGGUCGUGCGUUGCGCAGUGCAACCCGGACAAACUGUUACACGUCUUUGCUACUUUUCGACACCUCAAGUUUGGCAUGCGGUUGCACCCAACGAAGUGCGGCUGGCACGGUUCAAAGAAAUUAGGUGUGACUUUUGCAGGUGUUAUCGAAGGAUGGUUGACUUCACGCUUCCAUCGUAGGGAACAGUUUUACAUCUUGCUGAACUGGCGUCAGCCUGCCACAUCAGCAAGUUCUAGUCGGUCUCUGAGUGGUAAAAUGAUAAAUGGGGCAAUCAAAUACUUCUCAGACUUAUUUGGGAUUGAGCAUUUCAAAAACUAUGUUGGAAAGACAACGUUUUUCAACAGACUCUCUAGCCUAGACGUAGGAUCUCCCACCCAUUCGCCCGAAGGUUCUCAACCGGAAUCAUCAAACGAUCCUUCCUCAAUGGCCUCCGGACCAU